GUCUUGCUGCAUGCUGAGGUCCCUAAUGACCCGUCCUGGGAAGACUAAAGAUGUUUCAUUGACUAAGCCAUCCCCUUCUAUUCUGUCACUACUAGGCGGCGCCUGCCGAUGAGCAUCGCCUGUCGGGUCUAUAUAAGAAACGUCCGGCUCUUCCAAAAAUCAAGCAGCUAGCACAGUUUGCCGCUUGCCCUCAUUUCCCGACCUUUUAAUCUCCCACUUGAGCCUUCUGUUUGUGGCCAAGCACAUUCUCCCGUCAACAUGCGCUUCUUCUUGGCAUUGCCCUUCAUUUUCUCCGCAGCAACAGCUAUUCCAACCACGUUGAAAGUGGUUGCGAGACAAUCGAGCACGACCUGCGGUAGCACAUCCUACAGUGCUUCCGAUGUUUUGGCCGCUGCUGAUGCAGCAUGCCAAUACGUGCAGGAUGGCACGACUGCGGGCGGCUCAAAGUAUCCGGAGAGGUACAACGAUUACGAAGGCUUCACCUUUGACGGCGUGGACGGUCCGUACUACGAGUUCCCGAUUCUGUCUGAUGGCGAGAUUUAUGAUGGAGGUUCACCAGGCGCGGACCGGGUGGUUAUCAAUGGCAACUGUGAUUUUGCAGGCGUUAUAACUCACACCGGCGCAGACAAUAAUGAUUUUGUCGGCUGCUCUGGGACUAGCUAAGUCCGUGGAAUGUGGUUCGAAACAUCAGAUGUCCUUGAGGUCGUUUAGAGCUACCUAAUCGCCCCCUCUUGUUAUGAGCCAGAGAAAUUGACGUUAUCUUCAUUUGAAUUCGCCAUUGAACCACAUCACAGCAUGAAUUUGAUCAAAUGACGAGCCAACUGAGUGCAUAAGACUCAUAAGUCAAUCUCAAAACUUUAAUUGUUGCUCAAGUUGUUGCUUGGAGGGCAAGUAAUGGAAGUCGCGCUAAGGUGGUUAAGCGCUUUGCUACAAAGUCCUCAGCCAAAGUUGGACAGUUUCCCACUCGCCUCCUUUUAUCUCCGUGUCUGUCAGCUGUGCAUGAUCGAAAAUUCAGAGCAUACCGUGUUCACAAAUGGUACAACCAGA